AGUUUUGACAGAAGACCUGCUAACUCAUCCAAAGAGUCAGCGAAAGCUCAUAGUUUAGUCACAUCUGUAUACUUAAAAAAUUUGAUUGUAUUGGACUUACUAGCAAUAAAGCAAAUAUAUAAUGAACAUAUACAAAAAUUAGAUGCAAAGAAUAAUGAAUAUAUACAAAAAUUAGAAGCUAAGAAUAAAGUGAAGAUGAAGAAAAUAUACAAUGAGAGUAAGAAAAUAUAUAAUAAGAGUAAAGUGGAGAUAAAGAAAAUAUAUAAUGAGUAUAUACAAAAAUUAGAAGCAAAGAAUAAAGAGCAUAAAGAAGAGAUAGUUAAAUUAAUAGUAAAACAAAAAAAUGAUGAAUCUAAUUUUAUUAGAUGUUCAGAAGAAGUGUUUAAACUUCGAAAAGUCUGUAAUAUUAGAUCAGCUUUGGAGUAUAUUCAUGAUUGGACACAAGCAUAUAUAUAA